AUGCAAGCAGAACUUCGAGCGUUGUUAUGGGGAGUUAGACAUUGUGUGAUUCAAGGGUACUUGGAGUUACACUUAGAGGCAGAUUCUCUCACCCUGGUUCAGAUUGUUCAAGGGACUAGUGAGUGUCCGUGGCGUCUACAGAGAGAUCUGGAUGAGUUGAUGAUAUUCAAGCAGUCUUUCCAAUCCAUCACACACUGCUACAGAGAAGCAAACACACCGGCAGAUCAUCUGGCAAAUUUUGGUGCUGAUGCUUGCGCAGGUCAUGUGUUUAAUACAAUUUCAGAUUUACCACAAUUGGUCAGGGGGGCUAUUAGAUUAGAUCGAUUAGGACUUCCUACGUUUCGUACACGAUGGAAUAAAGAGGUUUUUGGGAAUAUAUUUGAUCGUGUGCGGGACCAUGAGGCUAAGGUCUCGGAGCUGGAAUGCUCGUUAGAGGAGGGUCCCUCGGAGGAGGGGACAUAUCAGCUAGUACAGGCUCAGGGUGAACUCAAGCAAUCGUUGCUUACGGAGGCGGCUUUUUGGCGUCAAAAGGCAUGUCUGCGGUGGCUUCGGGAGGGGGAUGCCAAUUCUAAGUUUUUCCAUGCUCAGGUGAAGCAGCGGAGGGCCCGCUCGUGUAUACAUCGGGUGAAAGAUGGUGAUGGGGUUUGGACGGAGGAGGCUGGCAGGAUUGAGGAUUUGGCGGUUGCUUUCUUUGAGGGCGUCUUGUCACAGCCUGACCGGGGGCAGGUGGAUCCCUCUCAACUAAGUGUGAUCCCGUCGAUUAUUACGGCACAGGAUAAUGUGAGUCUUCAACAGUUCCCCACAGAGGAGGAAAUUAGGUCAGUUGUUUUCCAGAUGGAUGGUGAGAGUAGUUCGGGUCCAGAUGGCUUCAAGGGGUCUUUUUUCACGACGUGUUGGGAGAUAGUGAAGGGGGAUAUUGUCAGGGCGGUUUGUGAUUUUUUUGCAGGAGCGGAGCUGCCCUGGGGGUAUACGUCUACUUGGUUGGCUUUGAUUCCCAAGGUCCCCGGGGCUGCCUCUUUCUCAGAUUUUCGCCCAAUUAGCCUGUGCAAUUUUGUCAAUAAGAUCAUUUCCAAGCUAUUAGCUAGCCGUUUGGAAAGUGUGCUGCCAAAGAUUAUUUCACCGCAACAGAGUGGCUUCGUUAAGGGUCGGCAGAUCUCGGAUAAUAUUUUGCUGGCUUUAGAGAUGUGUUCGGCUUUAGGGAAGAAGGUGCGGGGAUCUAAUGUUGCACUCAAACUGGACAUGGCCAAGGCGUAUGACCGGGUAUCUUGGAAUUUCCUAAUCCAAGUAAUGAGACGGUUUGGAUUCGGGGAGCAAUGGCUUGACAUGGUGUGGAGGCUGAUUUCGUCGUGUCAUUUUUCGGUAUUGGUUAAUGGGAAGCCUUGCGGAUACUUCCAAUCCUCUCGUGGGUUUUUUUAUCCCCGGGGACCCUUUAUCCCUUUAUCCCCGGCUCUUUUUAUUAUUGCAGCGGAGGUUUUAUCUAGGCGAUUGAAUGAGCUACCUCGAGCCUCAAGGUUUGUCCCAUUCUUGGUGUCGCGGGGCUCUCCGCCGCUGACACAUCUGGCCUAUGCUGACGACAUCAUCGUUUUCUGCAAUGGUGGUAAGCGUUCCUUGGAGUUUGUCAGGGAGGUGCUCCAGGGGUAUCAGGAGGUGUCAGGGCAGCUGGUGAACGUGGCGAAGAGUUGUUUUUUGGUUGGCAAGAAGACUUCGGUGGCUCGCAGGAGGAUAAUUGCACAUGUUACUGGUUUCUGUUCUAGAUCUUUACCAGUCACGUACUUGGGAUGCCCGUUGUUCGAGGGGAGACGAGUGAAAGCUUUGUUUUCUAAUUUGCUGUCUAAGGUUUCCCAACGGAUUGCCUCCUGGCAUGGUCGGUGGUUAUCUAUGAGUGCUCGGGCUAUAUUGAUUAAGCAUGUACUGUCGUCUAUGCCUAUUCAUAUUCUAGCGGUUAUAGAGCCGCCCAAGGGGGUGAUUUCUGAUCUAGAGCGGAUUUUGGCGAGGUUUUUUUGGGGUGAGUCGGAGUUUGGAGCUAAGCGCCACUGGUCGAAAUGGGCGAACUUAUGUUUUCCGGUGGAGGAAGGAGGGGUUGGUUUUCGGUCACUUCAGACGAUUGUGGAGGCUUUUUCCUGUAAACUUUGGUGGAUGUUUCGACAUGGUCAAUCGCUCUGGGCGCAGUUCAUGAGGGCUAGGUAUUUUGGGCCUCUGCAUCCUAAUCAAGGCCCGUUUUCUGUUCAAUUGUCUGCUACGUGUAAACGUAUGCUGAGUGUCCGUACAACCAUGGAGCUUUGGUUGCAGUGGGAUCUUUCGAGAGAGGAGGUGGCUUUCUGGUGGGAUAAUUGGAGUGGGCUAGGCCCUUUGGCGUGGCGGUUCCCGGAAGCGGCGUCAGAUGUGAAGGUCUUGGAUUUUGUACGAGAAGGGAGAUGGGAUUUUUCGGCUUUGGCCUCGGUGCCCGCAGCGAUUUGGGACGCCGCUCAGGGGUCUUUCUUCUGUUUUGGGUUGGAUCCGGAUACCCUGGUUUGGCGGCGGGAUCCUUCGGGAGUUUUCUCCACUAGGUCGGCAUAUCAACUUGCUCGCCCGGCUAGGGCUCGCUCCUGGACUUUCUCUUUUGUUUGGCAUUCCUUUAUCCCGCGUAAAUUGUCUUUCUUUAUGUGGCGAUUACAAAAUGGCCAGCUGCCGCUGGAUGAUGUUCUCGAAAAGUAUCACAUUCAUGGUCCUUCUAAAUAUCACUGCUGUGUGCUUGGCCAGGUUGAGACGAUGGAACAUGUUUUUUCAGCUGGACAGUUAGCUUCUGCGACAUGGGUGUUUUUUGAGAAUUCUCUUGGUCUAUCGACAUCAGCGGCCACGGUUCGCUCCCGGUGCGCCGCUUGGUGGUUACGCCCUGUGAAAGGUAAGGCUUUACGCUGGUUAAUGCGGAUUCUCCCAAUUCUGAUAUUAUGGUUUCUAUGGCGGGCGAGGAAUUUGUCCCGGUUCGAGGGUCGCAAGUUUUCUGUUUCGCAGGUCCGUGCUUUUAUCAUACAAGAGGUAAGAAUGCUAGUCAGAGCCCAUUUUCUGGGUAUUAUGGUGCCUUGGCAAUGGGAGGAACUUCUUCAGGCUCUGUCUGGGGUUCGGAGGGUUUUAACUGCAACGAUUGUCAGGUGGGCUUUCCCUCCGACGGGCUGCUACAAGUUAAACACUGACGGGUGUGCCACGGCGGAGGCUCGUGCUCUCCUUUUGGGGCUGCAACUGGGCCGCCAAGUAGGGGUCCCUCAGCUAAUUGUUGAAUCUGACUGUCUGGCUCUGAUUAAGUGUUUAAGGAAGGAAUGGGGAGUUCCCGCAGGGAUUCGGCCUAUUGUUCGUGCUAUUUGGAUGGGUGAGUCAAGUUCUCACUGCUUCUUCCAUUGCUACCGGGAAGGGAAUACAGUGGCGGAUUCGCUAGCAGCAUAUGGGGCCUUGUCAGGCGCUCAAAAUGAAUGUUGGUCCAAUAAAGAGAUGCAUGCUAAAGUGGCUGAAAAUAGUAGUGAUAGAGAGAAGACCUUGCUGUUUUGUAGUUCUACAUCUGAAGAGUCUAUGAAGAAUGAUUAG